AUGGAAGUCACCGUAUAAAUAGGGCGCAUCUCCAUGGGCUGUCAAAAAAAUCGAUGACAACCGAAACACGGCAUAUGUAGUAGAGCCGAUUUGUAUCUGUGGAUAAAGACGGCCUGGAAAUCAACAUGUUUAAUGAGAAUAUUGGCUGCCUCACGGCAUUAUGCGCCAUCUUUGUCUGCGGCGGACACGCCUUGACGGGAAGUGAUCAUGACGCCAUUCCACCGCCAUUACGUCAGCCUGCACCUGCGCCAUUUGGCCUUCGAGGACAAGAGCCCUAUACCAAUAUGACUAUAGACCAGCUGAUCCUGAAGAGCAUGGGAGGAAUAAAUGCUGCACAAGGUCUUAUGCUUCAAGACGGGAAGAUUUUGGCUGAAUUGGAUAUGAUGUUAACAGAUGAACAGUUCUAUAAUUUGUACGAAUUUCCCUCCAGUGAAAUGCACGCGCCAAACCGGAAAAAGAGGAAGGCAGUCCGUGACGUGACAUUAAGAUGGCCAGACGCCACUGUACCUUACACUGUCGCUAGAGGGCAGUACAAUGAACAAGAGAAGUAUUGGAUAAAGCGAGCCAUGACUGAAUGGGAGAGAUACACAUGCGUGCGAUUCCGACCUGCUGUGUCCACAGACAGAAACGUCGUCCGAUUCCAGAACGGUUAUGGUUGUAACUCCGAACUUGGAAUGGUUGGUGGAAUCCAAGUUCUGAACCUGGAGAGUCCUUCGUGCAGAUGGAAAGGAUUGUAUCUUCACGAACUUGGCCAUGCUAUGGGUUUAGUGCAUGAGCACCAGCUUCCCUCACGAGAUGAGUACAUCACGAUCAACUACCAGAACGUAGAGCCAUCCAUGCGGAUUUGGUUCAACAAAUACAACAGUAAACAGGUCAACCAGUUCAAUGUGAAGUACGAAUACUCGUCCGCCAUGCACUACGGAAUCACGGCUUUCUCCCGUGAUGGAAGAUCUCAAACCAUCAGAGCUAAAUACCCAGACAAAGAGAAAGAGAUUGGUCAGGUAUGGCGGAAGGAGCUGUCCUUCAGUGACGUCAAGGUUGUGAAUCUGAUGUAUCAAUGCGCGUCGCACUGUUCCAAGAACAUCUGGUGUACCAGCGGCGGAUAUGUCGAUCAGAACUGUCGCUGUAUCUGUCCAGAUGGGUCGAAUGACUGCCAAGUGAAGACAACUCCCAACAACAGCCACAGCCCUGACAAAGACAACUCUUGCACCAAUAAAUUCGAGAGCUGGCGCUGUGCCGUCUGGGCUAAUCAAGGUGAAUGUGAGAAAAACCGCGAGUGGAUGGAACUAAAUUGUGCCAAAGCUUGUGGCAUAUGUGGUGUGAAGGAGGAAAUGACAAAUAAAGACCUCCACCUUAUGACAUGGUCCUGGCAACUUAUGGGAUUGUUCCGUGAUGUACUGCCCCGACUGAGGAAUGUCGAAAUCUGUAAAAAUGAGUUUCCUGACGACAAAUGUUCCAUGUGGCGAAAACGAGGCGACUGUGCUACCAAUCCUGGCUGGAUGACCAAGCAUUGCAAAAAGGCCUGUAAUUUCUGUGAAGGGACAGAGAAACCCGAAACAAACUGCCGAAACAGUCACAGUGACACGGCUAAGUGUGACCAGUGGGCUGUUGAGGGGGAGUGUCAAGUGAACCGGAUAUGGAUGGAGAGCAACUGUCAAAAGGCAUGCCGGGUAUGCACGGCUUCAGACAAACCGGAUGUAGAUCGGGAGGAGGGUAAAGAUGACGAAGAUACAGAACCCUGCGUGAACAGCUACGGUGACAAGGAAUGUACGAAAUGGGCUAACACUGACGAAUGUAGGAUCAACCCGACCUGGAUGAUACCUAACUGCAGGAAAGCCUGCCAGAAAUGUCAUGACGGUAAAUGCAAAAAUCUUGAAAGGGAUGACUCAUGUGAUUCAUGGAGAAGAGAUGGAGAAUGUACCAAAAGCGUCAAGUUUAUGAAACAAGGUUGUGCUUUAGCAUGUGGGUUCUGUCAACCAAAAGAUGAAGACAAAGAUGGCGGACGCAAACCGGAAGUGGACAAUGGUGGAAAUGACGGGAAAGAUGUAGACCAGUCAGGAGGAGACUGCUAUGAUAUCCACAACGCCAAGGACUGUAAAAUUUGGGCUGAUUUCGGACAUUGUGAUAAAAACCCAAGCUUUAUGUUGCUCAACUGUAAACACUCGUGCAAAGUCUGUUCCGGAAGUGGAGGGAAUGAUGGGAAAGGCGGUGGUACAGACGGAACGAAAGACACGGGUGUUGAUAAAGAGGUUGGUUGUGUUGAUGACAAUGACAAGUGCCCUGUGUGGGCGGAAAGCAAAUACUGUGACUCCAAUGCGGGAUAUAUGUUGGCGAACUGCAGGAAAUCGUGCGACAAUUGCAAAGCUAACUGCAAAGACACCCACAUGCUGUGCCCGAUUUGGGGCAAGGGUGGGCAUUGCUCAUCUAACGCCAACUACAUGCUGAGGGCGUGUCAGAAAACUUGCAAAGUUUGCAAAACAUAAGUCGAGAGAGCCGACAUAUUCGUGAAGGCAUUUUGGUCUAGGUGUUUUUAAGACUCUGUUUUAUUGUAUAAAUUUUAUAUUGCGAAUCGUUGUAUUUCAUAUUUAAUUUUAUGUUUAAAAUAAACAUGUAAUAAAAGUUGUUCAGACAGUAUAAAUUUACCUGUAGGAUGCAUUCCUGAUAUUUUCGAAACCCAACAAUACUUUACUCCUGUAUCCCCCUAUACGUUAAGUUAUCCUGCUCUGUUAUCCUCCACAUAGUUUUUCGUUAGGCGAGGCUAAACUGAAUUCAGCAGGUUGUUGGAUAUAUGCCUAUACUCGUAGAUGUUUUCGCAGAUUUAUUUGACAAAUUCCAAUGAUUUCUGGGAAUUUUAAAAUCCUUUGAUUAUCUUAAACAAGCGCUAUAUGGCAAUACCCGCGACAUCCCGCGAACACUCCAUGACGGCCUUCAAUGUUUUGUCGACGCGGCGUUAAGCUAUGUUCAUUAGUUGAACUACCGAUGAAUUGAUCUACUCUUGAAGAUGUCUGUGGCAGUUAAAAACAGACCAUGUAUUAUGGAGUUCGGAUUCACAAACGUUCAGUAAGUCCAUUAUGGAGUGUAUUGCGGUAAAACACUCUAUAAAGUCAAACACUUCAUGAGUAUAGUAGAACGCCGCGGAAAGAAAACACUUUCACUUAAGCAAAGCAACUUUCUUUUCGUUAAACUGGCGCCUGAUUUCCAAUCUACUCUUGCAACUGUACGAAUUUCCUCACAACCAUGCGUGCUUUGCACGUGAUUUCCUUUUUUUUUUCUAUGAACAAAUUACGUAAUCCGGUGAGACAACCGUUACUCUUUGCUGUUCAAGUGUAAAAUAAUCUAUAACUUGUUGCUUUUACCUAAAUACGUCCAUAUAACUUGUAAAUAGAAAGCGUAAUUUUAUAGCUAAUCUUAUUUGUUUUAUAUUCAUAUUGCUUGUUGUGAUAGACCCAUACAUUUUACCAUACAUAUUUUGACAGCAAUUAUUUAAAAUCCAUCAGGUAACUGAAAACAUGACCUGUUUUAUUCAUCCUGUGAAUUGUUCGUUUCUUUUUCAUCAGCGAUGUAUAGAUAUCUAUUUAACCAUGAAAUAAAUUACCAAAUGGUAGC